AUGCACUGCGCAUUCGGCUCGCGCAAUCUCCGCCGAGACGAGCCCUGUUUCGGUCGCCACUCUUCACUCGAUCGGCCAUGAUCCUGAACGCCGUGUCAAAAGCAGUCGCUGGGGCCUUGAGGGCUUCCAAGCCCUCCCUCCUGCAAAAUGAAGUGGCGAAGGUAUCGGGCGCCCUUGCUGUCAACAAAAAGGAUUAUGCAUCCAAAGCUGCGGCCACAUCUAAGGGUAAUGCGCAAGGAAAGGUAGUUGCUGUCAUCGGUGCUGUUGUUGAUGUACAGUUUGAAGAUGCUCUUCCACCUAUCCUCAAUGCCCUGGAGGUACAAAACCGUACUCCUAGGCUGGUACUCGAAGUUGCCCAGCAUCUUGGGGAAAAUACAGUUCGCACCAUUGCUAUGGAUGGUACGGAAGGUUUGGUACGCGGCCAAAGUGUCUUGGAUUCUGGAUAUCCUAUUCGUAUUCCUGUGGGAGCUGAGACUCUGGGUCGCAUCAUCAACGUCAUUGGCGAACCCAUUGAUGAGCGUGGACCUAUUCCUACUGACAAGCUAGCGUCUAUUCACGCGGACGCUCCCGAAUUCGUAGAAAUGUCUGUCGAGCAAGAGAUCUUGGUCACAGGCAUCAAAGUCGUGGAUCUUCUGGCACCUUAUGCCAAGGGUGGAAAAAUCGGUCUCUUCGGUGGUGCUGGAGUCGGUAAGACCGUACUUAUCAUGGAACUGAUCAACAACGUGGCCAAGGCUCACGGUGGUUACUCUGUAUUCGCUGGCGUGGGUGAGAGAACGCGUGAAGGCAACGAUCUCUAUCAUGAAAUGAUCGAGUCUGGUGUCAUUUCGCUCAAGGAUAAAACAUCGAAGGUAGCGCUUGUAUACGGACAGAUGAACGAACCGCCAGGCGCCCGUGCCCGAGUGGCUCUCACUGGACUCACUGUCGCCGAGUAUUUCCGAGACCAGGAAGGUCAGGACGUACUGUUGUUCAUCGAUAAUAUCUUCAGAUUUACCCAAGCUGGUUCCGAGGUGUCCGCCUUACUGGGUCGUAUCCCAUCCGCCGUAGGUUACCAACCCACAUUAGCCACUGACAUGGGUACCAUGCAGGAACGUAUCACCACGACAAAGAAAGGAUCUAUUACUUCCGUGCAAGCUAUCUACGUGCCUGCUGACGAUUUGACAGAUCCUGCCCCUGCCACCACCUUCGCCCACUUGGAUGCCACUACCGUAUUGUCUCGUGCCAUUGCCGAACUUGGUAUCUACCCAGCUGUCGAUCCUCUUGAUUCUACAUCCCGUAUUAUGGAUCCUAAUAUCAUUGGUACGGAGCACUACAAUAUCGCCCGUGGUGUACAGAAGAUUCUACAGGAUUACAAAUCGCUUCAGGACAUCAUUGCCAUCCUUGGUAUGGACGAGUUGUCCGAAGAAGAUAAGCUGACGGUCGCUCGUGCACGUAAAAUCCAGAGGUUUUUGUCCCAGCCAUUCCAGGUCGCCGAAGUGUUCACUGGUCACGCAGGCAAACUAGUACCAUUGCAGGAAACCAUCAAGGGAUUCCAGAAAAUUUUGGGUGGAGAAUUAGAUCAUCUGCCGGAAGUAGCGUUCUACAUGGUUGGUCCAAUUGAAGAAGUAGUAGCGAAAGCAGAAUCAUUGGCCAAACAAUAAAUUAACUUACAGUCAUCGUAAAGGA